AUGACGGAUAAUACUUCCGUAAUGAAUGUCGAUGGAGCAUCCGUAUCAGAAGCAUUGCUUGCUUCUAAUGAAACUCGCGAUAUUGUUUUACCAAACCAAAACGAACAUGUUGCUCACAUUGCUGUUGAUAUUGGUGGUUCACUGGCUAAAAUAGUUUAUUUCACUUCAUCAGCUGAUCGUGCAGGCGGUAGACUUCAUUUUAAAAAAAUAGAAACAGAGAAGAUUGAUGAAUGUAUCGAUUUUUUGGCAGAUUUGAUGGAUGAUGCACGAUUGUUAGCACCUAAAAAUACUCCAUUAGUACUAAAGGCGACAGGUGGCGGUGCUUAUCUAUUUUUUGAUAAACUAAAGAAUAAGUUGCCAGGUGUUAUUAUUCAAAAAGAAGAUGAAAUGGACUGCCUCAUUACCGGGUUAAAUUUCUUCAUUACUGAAAUACCUUUUGAAGUAUUUACUUAUAAUGAGCAAGAGCAAGAUCCAAUGCAAUUUGAAGAAAAGACAAGAGAUAUUUAUCCGUAUAUGCUGGUAAACAUUGGAUCUGGUGUAAGUAUUCUAAAAGUGACAGGUCCAGAUGAAUUUUCUCGAAUUAGUGGUACUUCGCUUGGUGGAGGAACUUUAUGGGGAUUAAUGUCAUUAUUAACAAAUGCAACUUCUUUUGAUGAAAUGCUUGAAAUAUCAAAAGAUGGAGAUAAUAGAAAUAUAGAUUUAUUAGUUGGAGAUAUUUAUGGUACAGACUAUACUAAAUUAGGAUUAAAGGCUACCAAAAUAGCUUCUAGUUUUGGAAAAGUGUUCAAGAAGGGUGUACGACAAUCUCAAGAUAAUUUUAGAGCAAGUGAUAUAGCAAAAAGUUUACUAUUCAUGGUGAGUAACAAUAUCGGUCAAAUUGCUUAUUUAAAUGCAAAACAACAUAAUUUAAAACGUAUUUAUUUUGGUGGUUGCUUUAUUCGUGGACAUCCAAUAACGAUGAAUACACUUUCCUACGCUAUUAAUUUUUGGUCAAAUGGUGAUAUGAAAGCUUUAUUCCUUAGACAUGAAGGGCAUUUAGGCGCUACAGGAGCGUUUUUAAAACAUUCAGUUAUUCGUAGAGCAAGACAUUCAUUUUCAUUUUCAGAGAAUAAUUUUAUACCAGAAGUCAAUCCUGAUCCAAAGAAUGUGUAUGGUGUUUUAGAAGAAACAAACGUUGAGCUGCGUUCUUCAGAAAAAUAA